AUGGCCAUGCAAGUUGCAGUAGAGGGGGAAGACAUUUCUCCAGAAGAAUUUCAGUGCGGCGGUUGGCAGUCGGCGUUUACCAAGCGCAAAUCUUCCCAGAAGUGCCUGCCCGCCGAGAGCGAGCAGCCCUCCAACACACCAAGUGGCAGUAGCAAUGGCGGCUCUCGCACUCCCGCCAGCGUGAAGAAACGCCUUGUAGCUGCCUCGAGAAUGCCUCGCCUGCCGAAUGAGCACUUUAGAGUCAUCGUCCGACCUCGGGGUGGCCUAAACGUUAAAAAUGUUAGUCAAGUCAAGGGCGCCCAGGCUCUCGUGAAUGCGGCGGGUCUCCCUUUCGCGAAUACUGCGGAAGACAUCACCUGCCCCAAAACCAUGCAGAACAUUUUGGUGGUCAGCACACCUUCAGAACACAAUGCCAAGACCUAUGCGGGGAUUGAAGCCAUCUCCAUUGGCUCAGCAAUCUACGAGGUCAGUUCCUACCUCGCUGCGCCCGACAACACGUGCAAGGGGAUCAUAAGAAACAUUGACCCGGAAUUAGAUCACGAGCAACUUAGAAGUCUCACCAUACAGCCGAGGUACCCCAAGGCUCUCGAAGCUAGAAGAAUCAAGAAUUCCACCACAGUCGUCAUUCUCUUUGACGGUCUCAAAGUGCCAAACCAAGUCAUGUGCGGCCUCAGUAUGCUCAGAUGCACGCUCUACCGAAGACAAACGGAGGUCUGCUGCGCAUGUGGCAGGCUCGGUCACCGAGCCGACGUAUGCCCCCCGACUCCCGAAAACGUGGUCUGCAGGGGCUGCGGAGUAAAUUCCCCAAGCGACCAACAUGUUUGUUCACCUAAAUGCGCCCUCUGCGGGGGGCCUCACCCCACGGCCGACAAGUCCUGUAAGCAGAGAUAUCAAGUGCCUUACAUCGUAAGACAGAGAAGAAAAGAACGACGUGACUACAACCAGGAUUUUCCGCCGAUGGGCACGCUGUCUGGACCGGCCAUUCCACCCCGGGCCGGGAGUGGAUCCCGGGUGCCGGGCAUAACCAGGGUGCCUUCGAGAGGGCGAUCCAGGGUCCGACUGCCGCGGGCUACCUCCGGGGGCCGCUCUCGCUCCGGGGGCCACUCACACUCCGGGGGCUCGGCGGUUCGCAUCCGGAAGCCUGCUGCCCAGGAGACCGGAUGGGCCGAUCGCGUCAAAGGAUCCCCGACAAAAGUAACGCGCUGGAGGCCAGGGUGGACACUUUGGAGGCGAGGAAAGGGACGAUGGAGUUUUGUGCUCUUGCGAACAAUGAGCCUUCUCCGACCGGAAACCCGGCAUCUUUUGGUGCCCAACACCUCCAAGCGGCUACACCUUGUAACAUUGUACAGGAUAGACUAA